AUGGACGCCCGGACCGGGACUGCCGCGGGCUGCCCGACGUACGUCUGCAGCCGCACGGCGUCACGCUCAAUGACGCGGCCAGGGGCCGUCACUAUAGCAACCUAUAACAACAAAUGUGAUGUAACACACUAAUCUAAUCGUAAAAACAAUGUAUCCACUGUUUAACGCUACAUUCUUGGGGGUUUAACAAUUCAAACAGUUAUACAGUAUACAAAGCUAACAAUUAUGUUAUUUAAACCAUUCUUAAUAUACCUAUUGAACUUAACAGCUGAAACAACAAUCGGCAGAAUUAAACCAUAGCUACCAAUCACUUUGAGAUUUAUGAAAUCAGGCUUGUCAGGCUAAAGAAAUAGAAGUCUAUCAAAUCACAAGAGAGAAGUAUUGAAUCCAAGGACAUUAGACAUAAAUACAUAGCUUACCUAAUUAUAAAGCAUCACAUGUGUAUCACAAGACUAGCACAUUGAAUUAUUCAAUGUGCUAUUCAGCACAAGCCACUUUAGAAGUUCCACCGAUAAAGAAAUUGGUCUUUCCGACAACAUACACCACAGCAUCUCCACAAUUUAAGCAAACGAUUGAGAAAAAUUGGAGGAUCUUGAGGAAUGAUAUGUCUCUACCAGAAAUAUUUCGUCAACCACCCAUGAUGUGCUAUAGGAGAAACAAAAAUCUGAAGGAUCUGUUAGUGAAGACGGACCCUAUACAUUGUUAUGAGGACAAACAGGGCUUUGUCAACUUGGGCUGCUACAAGUGCUUGGGCUGUGUCACUUGUGGGCACAUGCUAUCUGGUAAAUCGUUUACCCAUCCUCAUACAGGAAAGAAGUACAUCAUUAGGCAUCGUUUAACUUGCACCACUGACUUUGUAAUAUACAAGCUAACCUGCCCUUGUGGACUCACGUAUAUUGGCAAGACGGAUCUACCCCUGCGCGAACGCAUUCGCAACCAUAGAUCUAGUAUAAGGGUGGCGUAUAGAGAUCAGAAAUCGGACUUACCUGUGGCCAAACAUUUUUUGGAGAAAGGACAUACGCUCCCGACUUUAAAACUCAUGGCAAUUGAUCAUAUACCACCCCUUUGGAGGGGAGGCGACCGGAAGAAGUUGUUGUUACAACGAGAACUGUUUUGGAUUAGAACAUUGAGAACAGUAUAUCCAGAAGGUCUCAAUGAAAAAUAUACCCUGUCUGCAUUUUUAUAAAUGUUGAGUAUUUGUUUUUCAGUGAUGGCAAUGAGAUGAACUAUGUGAUGCCCACCCUGGGGGAUAGGCAUACAUGUCUAUAUUUCUCCUGCCACUGUGUAUAUUCUUUUGGGGUGAGUAUUGGGUGCCCACCCAGAGGGAUAGGCUACCCUUUCAUUAACCCAUAGCAACUAGGGUAGAUAGAAUUUUUAUGAGACAGUCUUGAAUUUUUUUGAUUAUCUGCAUUUUAUUAGAGGGAUGAACUCACUGGAUGUAUUGUAUUCAAUAAGGUUGUAUUUAUGGAGUUUAUUUGUGGUAUGCCCCAAUAUUUUUAUCACUAUUCCCCUAUUUUCAUGAGGGUCCGAUUUCAUUAUGACCUAUAGGGGGCAUGGUUAUUUAGUUCUGUAUUUUGCCUUAUGAAUAAUUCAAUGUGCUAGUCUUGUGAUACACAUGUGAUGCUUUAUAAUUAGGUAAGCUAUGUAUUUAUUUAUGUCUAAUGUCCUUGGAUUCAAUACUUCUCUCUUGUGAUUUGGAUAGACUUCUAUUUCUUUAGCCUGACAAGCCUGAUUUCAUAAAUCUCAAAGUGAUUGGUAGCUAUGGUUUAAUUCUGCCGAUUGUUGUUUCAGCUGUUAAGUUCAAUAGGUAUAUUAAGCAUGGUUUAAAUAACAUAAUUGUUAGCUUUGUAUACUGUAUAACUGUUUGAAUUGUUAAACCCCCAAGAAUGUAGCGUUAAACAGUGGAUACAUUGUUUUUACGAUUAGAUUAGUGUGUUACAUCACAUUUGUUGUUAUAGGUUGCUAUAGUGACGGCCCCUGGCCGCGUCAUUGAGCGUGACGCCGUGCGGCUGCAGACGUACGUCGGGCAGCCCGCGGCAGUCCCGGUCCGGGCGUCCAUGGAGUCAGACGUGUCACAAGUGUGGUGAGUUAUUAUUUGUGUUAUGGUAUAAAUGUGGGUUUAUUUGUACACGUAUUAUGUCCUGAUGAAAGCCUGAGGUUAUUGGGCUGAAACGUUGACACUUUGGAUGUUUGAUUGAAGGUAAUAAAAGUGAAUUCUUUAUAAGUCCCUGGAGUGCUAUCUUUGGAACUUUUUUUGUAUUUUGGCUGACAAGCACCGGGCAUUAAACCAUUUAAGAAGGUGGAGUGCAAGAUUUUUUCUAUUUUUUAUAUUAUUCAGCGUUACCUACAGCUGUUUUUCUAUGCACCCCCAAAUCAAGUAAAUCUAUUCAAAGAAUUAAAUGACUAUCCACUGACCUUUGUUUGAUUGUCAUUGUGGAGUACGAUAUCCCUAUUUUUAUUUGUUUUGCUGGACACACUAUUUAGUGUUGUUGUAUCCAUGGAUGAUUUUUUUACGCUAGCUG